UAUUUAAUAAAAUUACGAGUAUAAUAAUAAUAGUAGCAAUAAAUAAUAAUAAUAAUAAUAGUAUAGUAGUAGUAAUAAACUUAGAAUAAUAAUAAUAAGCUUUAGAACGGUUUUAUUAAAAUUACUAAUCAUCGCAAAAAGCGUAAGAACUAAGAACAAGCCGUGGGAAACUUUCACAAUGUAUACGAUGUAAUUGUCAUUUGCGUGAUGUAAGUGCCGCAACCACAUUUGCGGGAUAGUGUAAAACCAUGGACAUUGUAGAACCUACCGCAGUGUAAAGUUUAUACAAUUUCAAAUAAUUCCAACAAAUACUACAACAGUUCGAUUUGCAUUUAAUGCUGGAUCUUUAUGAAGCAGUAUAAUCAAUUAUAAUCUUUUUUUUACGCAAUUUUAAACUAAGUCUACCAAUUAAAUCGAAGAAAUUGACAUUACAUCUUCUAGUAAUGGCAAAUAAUGAGGAUAAUAAAAGCGAUGGUUCGGCUGAAAUCGAGGGUGAGAAUGAGAAUGAUGAAAAUGAAGAAGCGGAAAAGAUUCUUAUCAUAGAUCCUGAUAGCGAUGAAUUAGAUUUCAAUCAUUCGAGACUAACAAAAUUAGAAAAUUUGGAACCAUUGAGGAAGAUACAUAGAUUGUGUUUUACGUGGAAUCUGAUAAAGAAAAUUGAGAACCUUGAUACACUUACAACUUUGGUCGAGUUAGAAUUAAGAGAUAAUCAGAUUGUUGUUAUAGAGAACUUAGAUGCUCUUGUAAAUUUGAAACUUUUAGAUUUAUCUUUUAAUCGUAUUAAGAAGAUAGAAGGAUUGGACAACCUAUUGAAUUUACAAAAAUUAUACCUGUCGUCAAAUAAGAUUCAGUGCAUUGAGAAUCUGUCACAUCUAAAGAACCUUACAAUCCUCGAGUUAGGUGACAACAAAAUAAGAGAAAUAAUUAAUCUUGAAGCGCUUGAAAAUUUAACAAGUUUGUUCCUUGGUAAAAAUAAAAUAGCAAAGAUAGAAAAUUUGGGCUGUUUACAAAAUCUUCAGUUAUUAAGUCUUCAAAGCAAUCGCAUUAUGGAAAUAGAAAAUUUAGACGAAUUAAAGAAUCUUGAUCAGUUGUAUUUAUCUGAAAAUGGAGUAACAUGCAUCCGAGGAUUAUCAAAUUGUACAAAAGUAACAACUUUUGAUCUAGCAAAUAAUAAAAUAAAAAAGAUUGAAAACAUUGAACAUCUUGAAGAUUUAGAGGAGUUCUGGAUAAACAACAAUGAAAUUGAGGAUUGGACUACUGUAGAAAAUUUAGCAGUUAAUAAGAAAUUACAGACGGUGUAUUUAGAGCAUAAUCCUAUUGCCAAAGAUCCAAAUUACAGAAGAAAAAUUAAACUGUUGCUGCCAUGGCUCGUCCAAUUAGAUGCAACACUUUGCAGAUAGACAAUAUUGUUCUGCAAAGUAGACCUCUUUGAUAAUUCUUGAAACUGUACCUAUCGAUACUGUUGCCUAUCUCCUUCUAGUGUUACUUUAAAAAAUUAUGUAUGUACAAUUCUAUCAAUGAGAAGUAUAAAAUAAUUAUGUCUUUUUAACUAGAAA